GCGAUGAAAACUGCUAAAUACGAAGAAGAAACUGCUCUGAAAGCUUCCACCCAGAGACAUAUAAAACACAUGUGUCUGUGCUUCCACCUGCCUGGCCUUCCUAAUUCACGUAAUUCGGCAACCACGCGGAUGUUCCUGCGGCCGCCUCCCGCUGGCUUUGUGGGCUCGGCAUGAACGCUACCGAAGGGAAGACGGAGCUGAUGCAGCUGCUCGGGAAAGUGAGGCCGUCUGAGCUGCCCAAGCUGCUGGACUGGAUGAGAAACUCAGAUGAGUUGGAUGACCUCCUGGUGGACAACAAGAAGGUGAUACUGGAGAGCAUAGCGGACGACCUGAGAGUCAGACUACCUCUGGAUAGCAUGCUGGCUUCUGAGACCACUGCACAACUCAAGAUGCAGCAGCGGAAACAGCGGACAGUUCAUGUAGACAGCUUCCUGUACAGCGAUGAGCAGGUGGACAAACUAUGUGGCGAGGGGGCCAUGACCAGGACCUACUGCCUCAGCUGUGGAUCCCUCAGGACUGCACCUUUGGACUUUAUCUCUCACUCGUUCUCAGUGGCAGAGCUUCAGUUCCUGUUCCAGUAUGUUCUUCCAGAUCUAAGUGGCCGGACAGUGAUAGAUGUGGGCUCGAGAUUGGGGGCUGUGCUGUAUGGGGGGUAUGUGUACAGCUCAGCCACUCAGCUUCUUGGCCUUGAGCUCAGUGAAGAAUUUGUCAGAUUGCAGAAUGAGACCCUGCAAAAGUAUAGCAUGACGGACAGAGUAAAGGUGGUUCAUGCUGAUGUCUGCACACAAGGCGUUCUGUUACAAAGUGCUGAUGUUCUAAUCAUGAACAAUGUAUUUGAAUACUUCAUGGAGCCUGAAGAGCAAGUCAGAGCAUGGACAGUCAUCAUGCAGACUUUUAGGAGGACUGGAUCUCUGCUGGUGACGGUCCCCAGUCUGCAAGAAAGUCUCAGCUCCCUGCAGAUGCUGCAGCAGCCCGGCUGGGUGGAAGAGCUUCCUGUGGACUAUGACGUCUACCUGGGCAGCGACAUAGACCCCGAAGCUCUUAGGCAGAUUCACUUGUACAAGGUCAUAUGACCACAAACUGAUUGAUCUGUACAUAGUGUACUUCAUCUAUAAAGGAACUUGGACAUGACUGAACCAUUUUUACUUUUACAAUGAGGAAAAUAAGUAUUUGAACACCCUGCUAUGUUGCAAGUUCUCCCAUUUAGAAAUCAGGAAGGGGUCUGAAAUUGUCAUCGUAGGUGCAUGUCCACUGUGAGAGACAUAAUCUUAAAAAAAGAAAUCAUAUAUGAUUUUUUAAACUAAUUAUUUGUAUAAUACAGCUGCAAAUAAGUAUUUGAACACCUGUCUAUCAGCUAGAAUUCUGAUUCUCAAAGACCUUAGUCUGCCAUCAAAAUGUCCACCUCCACUUAUUAUCCUAAAUUAGAUGCACCUGUUGGAGGUCGUUAGCUGCAUAAAGACACCUGUCCUGUCCACACAAUCAGUAAGAAUCCAACUACUAACAUAACCAAGACCAAAGAGCUGUCCAAAGACACUAGAGACAAAACUGUACACCUCCACAAGGCGAGAAAUGGCUACGGGGAAAUUGCCAAGCAGCUUGGGGAAAAAGGGUCCACUGUUGGAGCAAUCAUUAGAAAAUGGAAGAAGCUAAACAUGACUGUCAAUCUCCCUCGGACUGGGGCUUCAUGCAAGAUCUCACCUCGUGGGUUCUCAGUGAUCCUAAGAAAGAUGUGAAAUCAGCCCAGAACUACAUGGGAAGAGCUGGCCAAUGACCUGAAAAGAGCUGGGACCAGUGUUUCCAAAGUUACUGUUGGUAAUACACUAAGACGUCAUGGUUUGAAAUCAUACAUGUCACGAAAGGCUCCCCUGCUUAAACCAGCACAUGUCAAGGCCUGUCUUAAGUUUACCAAUGACCAUCUGGAGGAUCCAGAGGAGUCAUUGGAGAAAGUCAAGUGGUCAGAUGAGACCAAAAUAUAACUUUUUGCUCAUAAGUCCACUAACAAUGUCAAAAUCCUUCCUGCAGUGUGUGCAAACCUGAUGGGAAAACUACAGGAAAUGUCUGACCUUUGUAAUUGCAAACAAAGGCUACUGUACAAAAUUUUCUCAGGUGUUCAAAUAUUUAUUUACAGCUGUAUCAUAAAAAUAAAUAGUUUUAAAAAUCAUAUAAUGUGAUUUUUGGCUUUUUUUAUUUUUGUAAGAUUAUUACUCUCAAAGUGGACAUGCACCUACGAUGACAAUUUCAGACGCCUCCAUGAUUUCCAAGUGGGAGAACUUGCAAAAUAACAGGGUGUUCAAACACUUAUUUUCCUCACUGUAGGCCUGAAUUUACAAUUCCAUAAAACUCAGUGUCUGGUUUCCAUUAGAAAUGGUGUCAGUUAGUGUUUCCAGUCUAAGAUCUUUAAUACCUGAUAUUGAAACGCACGCACAGCAGUCUUAUUUUUUCUGGCAUUUUUAAAUUUGUGUGACUUGAAUUCAUUUCAAAUUUGAUUAGUGUGUACAGUGGAUUAUUGGUUUUAAUUCAAGCUGGUUCUCUAUGUGUGCAAUUGUCAUGUUCUUCCGAUGUAAAGAUGAGUUUUAUCUGGCCUUCUUCCACCCCUCCAAAAACUUGCAUAUUCAGCUAUGCUACUGUUAUGUUACCUAACAUAAAUGAAGAUAUCUUAAGUUAUGUUGGGUGAUCUAAGUUGACCCUCUGAGUGAUGGAAAGGUGACCUUUCCGAUGAAAGUUGGGAUGUGUUUUAGCCCCCUCUGUAACCUUGAAGUGAACUAUGGACUGAUCAUGUAAACAUUCUACUAUUUCAGCGGGUUAGAUAGUAAUUUUCCGGAAGUGACUCUAUCAUUGAAGUGCCUUGAGAUUACAUUUCUUGGGAUUAUAUUAAUAAAACUGGAUUGAAUUUUUGUAAUGAUUUGAUAGCAGACUUUAAAUUUACAAUAAAACACACCUUUUGUUUCAUUA